UACAACACAUACUAGCUUUGCAUUUGUUAGUUUUGAUCACGUGAUACCUGCAGCCAUGAUGACCGGUAUGGAAGAGAGUCCUGACCUACUUGCAGGCGACGACAGCAAGGGGCGUUCUGACACUGUUGACCUGUCGCUAGAUGGGAGCCUGGCUGUUGACAUAUCUGAUGCUCUAAGCGAGAGGGACAAGGUCAAGUUCACUGUACACACAAAGACCUCACUGCAGCAGUUCAAGGAGACUGAGUUCUCUGUUGUUCGGCAGCAUGAAGAGUUUCUCUGGCUUCAUGAUAGAUACGUAGAGAACCCAGAAUAUGCUGGAAUUAUUAUUCCGCCUGCCCCACCCCGUCCAGACUUUGAUGCAUCGCGGGAGAAGCUACAGAAGCUGGGAGAAGGGGAGGGUACAAUGACAAAGGAGGAGUUCACCAAGAUGAAACAGGAAUUAGAGGCAGAAUACCUGGCUACAUUCAAGAAGACUGUGGCUAUGCAUGAAGUGUUCCUCCAGAGGAUAGCUGCCCAUCCUGCUCUGAGAGGAGACGUCAACUUUGAGGUGUUUUUGAGCUAUGAUCAAGAUCUCAAUGCAAAGACCAGGUCAAAGAAGGAAAAGCUUGGUGGAUUUUUCAAGAGCAUCACAAAAUCUGCCGAUGAAGUGCUGUUAUCCAGCCAAAAGGAUGUGGAUGACUUUUUCGAGAAUGAGAAAACAUUCCUGGUGGCUUACCACAACAAGAUCAAAGACUGCACUCAAAAGUCUGAUAAGAUGACGAAGGCUCAUAAGAAUGUUGCAGACAACUACAUUCAGAUUUCCUCAGGCUUUGUACAGCUGGCCACAAUAGAAAACACAGAACUAGAUAAAGUAUUUACAAAAUUAGCAGAGGCAUUAGAAAAAGCAAGGAAGCUAGAAGGCCGUGUUGCGUCAGACGAGGACCUCAAGCUGAGUGAUACAGUACGGUACUACAUGCGGGAUUCGGAGGCGGCCAAGGACCUUCUGUACAGACGGACGCGCUCACUUGCCGACUAUGAGAACGCAAACAAGAACCUGGAGAAGGCUAGAACAAAGAACAAAGAUGUUCCUACAGCUGAGAGUCAACAACAAAGUUGCUGUGAGAAGUUUGAGAAAAUAUCAGAAAUGGCCAAGAAAGAAUUAACAGAGUUCAAACAGAGAAGGAUAGCAUACUUUAAGAAGAACUUCGUGGAUUUAGUAGAAUUAGAACUGAAACAUGCAAAGGCCCAGCAGCAGUUGUACAGCAGUUGCAUAGCAGCUCUGAAGGAGGACAUGGAAUAGCCAGCCAGUUAGCUCACCUGCAUCAACAUUCUUCAAGAACAUUGUCAACACACUCAUCAUUUACUGUAGAAUGUUUCAAUUUUGUGUGUGUUUUUGUUGAGUUUUUAGAUUUAAUCAGUGAUAUCUUCAUAGAUCGGUAAAUUGAUGUUUUGCUUAGUUUUAAUAUUGUGAGCUAACCUAUUUCUAGAAACAAUUGUGAAUAAUAUGCCUUUGCAAAGUUAAUCAAUCUAAAGCAGAUUAGAUUACAGUUGAGAAUAUGUGGUUAAUGAGAUUUGUUUGUUAGCUGAUAUGUUUGUUGAGAAGAAACAUGUUAUUAUUAAUGAUCACUCUAUCACAUUACUAAAGGUUAUUUCUUGCAAAAAAGAAAAAAAGAAAUUGAAAUUGAAUUGCAGUGCAACACUUGUGUGUGUAGUUUCAUUAACAUUAUAACAUCUUUCAAUUGAUUUGCAUACGAUUCAUAUGCUAAGCUUACAAUGACGGUGAGGUUAGAUUUUAAAAUAAAGGAGAGUGAUCAAAUGAAUAGCACUUUUGAGUUGUUUUUUAAGUGCAAUAUUUAUAAAUAGUGACAUAUAUUGUUUUCUUUUUUGAAAUACAUUUCCAUAAAUAAACAAAGUGCUAUGUU